AUGAUAUCUCCACUUCCGUCAUACGACGACGAGCUCCUGAAUAGCGCUUACGCAAACGUCAGUUUGAUCGCCGACAAGACGUGGACCUUCGAUCCGGAGGAUCCCUUCCGAAAAUUAAAUCGUUCCCUCUGGAUUCAAAGUUGCGAAGUAACCGCGAAGUACGAGGAAUAUGGUGAUUAUCGUCCAAGACUCGUCCGAAACGUCAUCUCCGAAUCGCGCUUGGCGAAAUACGGUAAUUACGAGUACGACGAGCAGCAUGAGAGAAUGUACAGUCCGGACGACGUACACUUCAAUUUGCAAAGCUCAGCAAUACAAAUACUAAAGUGUAACACCGCAAGGAGGGAUAAUGAAGCCGUCGCUUGCUCGAACUUCCAAUCGGACUGGAAUGAGAGCUCGAAAAAGCGACGCCAAAAAACCAGUCCAAAAGGAAGCAGAAAAAUUGGAUUGCGCGAUGAAUUAUUACAUUCGACUUAUAAAUCAGACGAGAGUGAGUUUCGUGAGAAAUCAAUGAGAACGUUCGCCCGUCAUCGCCGAUACACCGUCGAGACCGCUGCCGAAAUGCAGCUGCAGUCCUGCAUAGAGAGCGAUGCCGUGCGCGACAUAUGGAAUCCAGAGAAGUUUCAGCAUCAUCAUCAUCAUCAGCAGCAGCAGCAGCAGCAGCAGCAGCAGCAACAGCAGCAACAACAGCGAUGCUAUCAGCAGAUGAGCCAGCAGUCGCGUAUCGCGCGGCAGACGCAGCCUGCUGCCCAACACCAUCAGCAAUUCUAUUGCGCGUUGCAGUAUCAACCCUUGAUCCUGAGAGCGGAAUAUCAGCGGAAACCGCUAUUGUCACCUCCGUCUCUACCACCGCCACCGUCGCCGCCGCCACCAGUUCUGAGCGCCGAAGUGCCGGAAUUCUUCCCGAAAUCGAACCUACCUCCGAUAGCUUACAGCCUGAACAACGACAAGGAGCGCAAGGCUUGCCAGAUACGCUACUUCCCGUCGUUAAAUGACAGGAAUUACCAAAACGAGCUGUUUCCUUAUAACAGGCCGCAGCAGGAGGCCGCGGCGACCAUUUUUCCGAACGCCAGGGUGUCCAUAUUACCAGCGACACACACAGAGGCGAACGUGUAUCGUUCGCCACAGGAAUGGAUCCAGAGAGUGGCACCGCCAAUGCAGCUACAGUUGACAGCGUCUCCUUCGUCGUCACCUCUGUCAAUCUGCACGCCGCUGCAACCGAUUCACGAUGCUGCGAUUGCCCAUCGUCCUUUGCAGAUGUACGAGAAAUUUCUGCCUUGUACUCAGCCGAGUUCAACGACACCCAUACCUGUGUAUCAACGACCGAUGGAAUUGUACCAGGAACCGCUGCUGAAACGGAAGAAUCAAGGAGUUGACUUCAACAAUCUCAUACUACUGACGAAGAACAGCAUCAAGACGCGACGCGGCCACUCAAAGCCCGCCGUUCAGCAGCCUUUUCUUCUGGAUUCCAGACAGAGCCUGAAAACCUCCAGUCACAACGUGCAGGUACAGUGGUUCGACAGGGAUCACUGUGCGAAGAAAACGAAGGAAGUUGUAACUGUAAACACCCUCGUGUCCGAGCUGCGCAGCUUCGAGGAGAAGUACGAAUAUUGCAGAGGAGCCGGCACCAGCUGGAAAACGGCUGCCGAAUCAUCACCGCAAGCCCAACAAAGGUCGUCUGAAACUUCGUGCCGGUUGAAAGAUAGAAUCUUUGGGAACGAAAGCUCAAGAUGCAGAUUGAAGGACAGAUUCUUUGAGAACGAGAGCUCAAGAUACAGGGUUUCGGAUACCGAAAAGAAGGACAAGAGGACGAAGCGGCCGCUUUACAGAGAUGUUCUGACGAAUGCCUCGAACGAAACGGUCCUGGAUAACGUCUUCGAGAAAAGAUACGACGAGCUCGAACAGCAAGCGAUGGAACAAUACAGGAACUCGGAGGAGUCGUUAGCGCUCAAAUAUCAGGAAUUGGAACGUCAAGCGAUGGAACAGUAUAGAAAUAGCAAUGUGGGAGACGAAAAGCGCUCGAUGGAUCAAGAUUGUCUCGAUGGACAAAGAUGUCCGAAAUACGGACACUGCAGUUCCACGAAAGGACAUUCGGGGAAAAAGCAUUCUUGUUUUCCACAAAUCACUCUGUUGAAGCCGAAGGGCAAAUCCUUGCCGAAUGUCUGUCACGGAUCGUCGUGCAGUGACAGUAAUCGUCAAGCAGCCAUUGUUUCGAAAAGUUUAUCUGCAUUGACUGACGGAUCGUCGAAGGAAUCGAAAAACAUAUGUAAGGGUGCAUCAGGAGAUAAAAUCGAUACGAGUGUCUCAGUUCGAACAUCGUUGAAGCGGCGUCUGAUACUGAUGUCACCCUUCGAGCGCAAAUCAGAGGCCAGACGAAUAAUGAAAGCGACGGAACUGCGUGGUAUCUGCUCGUUCUCCCAAACAAGAAGGAACGUGCUCGACUAUUAUCGGACCUCCGAAAUCGCCCAGAACGGCAGCGGUGACGAAAAUAUAACGAUCAUACAGUCGCCCGGCACUAAAGUUUGGUUGUCCGGAUUCUGGACUGCUUAAGAGGUUCAACGAAUUUUCUUUAGAGAAAAUUCAAAGACUAUCGAGGUUCUUUUGCGCGAGGAGACUAUGUCGAUGAGUUGAACCGAAGAAAUUCUUCAGACAC